CCUGUGCUUUUCCUACUAUGACAUGUCUGCUGUGAAAAAGGUCUAUGAGAUACAUUAAUCCUGUUUGGUUACUGCUACUACUGAGUUGUUUUCUCAUAAUAUUGCAAGGAUCCACAGGUCCUCUAAUCUAGUUUUUUAAAGGGCCCUGAUUAAAAUUCUGGUGAAGACUGAUGGGCCAACACAACAAAUAAAUGUGACCGAUGCAGGUUUUUUAAGGAGCAGUGUCAGGUCCGUGCAAAAGAGACUCUUCAGUACCAAGGAAAGCAAUUUAUAAUGUGUGCAAAAGGUAUCAAAAUGUGAAACAAAUCUCUAUUUUUUUAAGGUCCCAAUGGGCCAAGACAAAUAAAUGUAUAAUGGUACUUUGCACUCUUUUCAAGAAGUAGUGUGCAUGCAGCCAAUAAUAAAAUAAAAGGAGCUCUUCAGAUACAAAGAAAAGCUAUUUAUGUGUAAAAUAAAUUUAAUUCAUCAAUUUCCCAGUGCUAUGCUUGCACACUUUUUUUAACUGUCUUUAACUACAUCUUUAUUUCCAUCAGGUCUUCAUUUUGCUGUUAGUUUUUCACAUUCUGCUUCUUUUUGUAACCCCCACGUUUGAUGGACACUACACUUAGGUGUUUUUUUAGUGCUACCUGCCUAUGCAAUGUUAAACUCCACAAAGGGGAUGUCAAGGUGACUUUUUUUAAACUCUCGUCUGAACCAGUUGGGCCCAGAGAAAGGAGUGAUCCACCUGGCCACGGCUGCAGUCCUGAAUGCUGUGUGGGACCUGUGGGCAAGGGCAGAGGGCAAGCCGCUGUGGAAGCUGCUUGUUGACAUGGAUCCCAAGCAGAUUGUCUCAUGCAUUGACUUCAGAUACAUCACUGAUGCGCUUACAGAGGAGGAGGCUCUAGACAUACUCAUGAAAGCACAGGAUGGCAAGCAGCACAGAGAGGAUCUCAUGCUGAAAGAGGGUUAUCCUGCCUACACCACCUCCUGUGCAUGGCUCGGAUACUCAGACCAGCGGCUCAAACAGCUCUGCACGGAUGCACUUAAAAGUGGUUGGACCAAGUUCAAGGUGAAAGUCGGUGCUGAUCUAGAAGACGACAUACGCAGGUGCCGCCUCAUAAGGCAAAUGAUUGGACCCAGUAACACUUUGAUGAUUGAUGCCAACCAGAGAUGGGACGUAGCUGAGGCCAUCAGCUGGGUGUCCAGCCUGGCUGAGUUCAAACCUCUUUGGAUCGAGGAGCCCACGUCUCCAGACGACAUCCUGGGUCACGCUGCUAUCUCCAAGGCUUUGGCUCCCCUCGGGAUUGGGGUGGCAACAGGAGAGCAGUGUCACAGCAGGGUGAUGUUUAAGCAGUUACUCCAGGCCUCGGCUCUGCAGUUUGUCCAGAUAGACAGCUGUCGGCUUGGCAGUGUCAAUGAGAACCUGGCUGUGCUUCUGAUGGCCCACAAGUUCCAGGUGCCCGUUUGUCCUCAUGCUGGAGGAGUCGGUCUCUGUGAGCUCGUCCAGCAUCUGAUUCUGUUCGACUACAUCGGUGUGUCUGGAAGUCUCAGCAACCGAAUGUGUGAAUAUGUGGAUCACCUACAUGAACACUUCACCAGUCCUGUGGUAAUUCAUGACGCCCACUACAUGCCUCCCAAGGAGCCAGGCUACUCUUGUGAGAUGCUGGAAUCAACAGUGCAGAGACACCAGUACCCUGACGGGGAUGUAUGGAAGCUGAUCAUAAACAAAUGAGGACUUUAUGUCAAACAUUUAACCCAAGGCUCUUUUUUUUUUUUUAAUUUUUUUUAAUAGACCUACAAUUGGUCUGGGUUAACCUUUUGUGUUGUCUUCCCGUCAACCUUUUUUCGAUGUUUGACGCCUUUUUUCAGUUUGUUUUUGCUUUUUCCAACGUUUUAAAUUCUAAAAUUUCUUUCUUCUGAUAUAAAACAAAAAUUUAAAACGGGUCAAUUUGACCCUAAGUCAACACAAGGGUUAAGUGGAGUGAAAAUGGAUUGCACUUAGAAACUGCAAGAGUAGAAGUGUAGCAGACACUUUGAAAUUCUAGACUUUUGUAAUAUUAAGGGUGUUUUACUGCUAGACUCAUGUUGGGUCAAUAACAAUCAUCUACAAGCUGACACAAAUGUAAAUUCUUUAUUUACAAAUUAAACUGAUCUAACUGGCAUUUUUAUACUAAAAUAAACUUUUCUGCAAGAA